AUGGCAACGAGCCCCCAACCACCUUGCAUCCCGCUAAAGGAUGAUUCGGGCGGUAAGACAUAUCGUGAUCCGUAUGAUGCGAGUGACGUUACUGCCCCGCUGCCGCCACCUCCACUACCGCCAUCGCCUGGGCGUGGUAGUGUCAGUUUCCCCGCGUUGCCGCCGCUCGUGAACCGCCAGAUGUCGACGGCCGGCGGAAGCCUCCGGGAGAUGGAGGAGUCGCCCUUCUCGCGGCAGAGCAGCGCAAGUCGUGUGACGAGCAUACGGCACAUCACACCCUUCAAGGAGGAGGUCAGUGCGCGCGGCACGGGGCCGCAGAUAACAAUCAGGACGGGACCCUCCACCGCGCGCAGCAGCAGCCCGACCGUCACGUCGCCGGGCUCGGGUCGGUUGCCGGUUGGCGUUGCGUACAGCAGUCCUGUUUCUGCGGACGAGUUGUUGGGUUACUGGCACCCACGCUCGCUGCGGUUUCAGCGCGGCAAAGUCGUUGGCUCGGGCGGCUUCGGCACGGUAUAUCAAGCCAUCCUUUCCGACGGAUCGCUCGCCGCGGUGAAGGAGAUGAAGCUUGAGACCGGCGCCAAGGCAAUUGACCGGGAGGUGCGGGCACUGAGUAGUCUCCCACCAUACCAGCAUUGUGUACGCUACUUAGGUUCACGGCACAGCAGUAAUCACUACUACAUUAUCAUGGAGUAUAUCAGUGGUGGGAGCAUUCAGUCCCUCCGCGCAUCCGUUGGGCGAUUUAAUGAGGCUGUGAUGCAGCGGUAUGCCAAGAUGGUGCUGAUGGGGCUGCAGCACCUCCACAAACACGGCAUUAUUCACCGUGACAUUAAGGGAGCCAACGUUCUUCUGGACGAAAGAGGAUCUGUCAAGAUUGUCGAUUUUGGGUGCUGCAAGAUCCUGAGCCAGCCGAACAGCACACUGGGCUGCGGCGGAACACCGCUGUGGAUGGCGCCGGAGGUGUGCCGUGGGGAGCCCGCCACCGCCAAGUCGGACGUGUGGGGAGUCGGCUGCCUCUGCUUAGAGAUGACGAACGACACUGGCGUGCCGUGGGGAUUCCCUGCCAGCAUGAACGUGCAGGGCAUCGCGUACGCCAUUGCGAGCGCCAAACACGCCCCCCCAAUACCAAAGAAAUUGUCGCCGCUCGCGCAGAAUUUUAUCCGCUGCUGUCUGCAGAUCGAUGUGGAUGACCGCCUCUCAGUAGAUGAGUUGCUCGAGCAUCAGUUCUUCCUGCAGGACUUUACGGGGAUCGACUCCGCGGACGACGAUGUGAUCGUAUCUCGGGAGGAGAGUAUCGAUCUUUACUCAUCGCAUUCCAAGAUUCGCCUGGGGCGCGCAAACAAUCUUGACAAGAGUGAUAACAACAAUAACAACGUGAAGGUCAUCGUCUCGGGCACGACAUCGGCAAGCUCUUCAAGGGUUAACAACAACAGGAGAUUGCAGCUCAUCCAGCAUGAUGGCUUUCGACUUGAGGCUGCCAGCGAGGAUGAUGAUGAUGAUGAUGAUGAUGACGAAGACGACGACGAUAUCAAGGACGAGGGCAUCACGAACGGUGCCGCGAGCCAUGGAACCCUUCAGUGGAUGCAGAGCAUUGACGAAUUCCACGAGGAUGAGGUCAUCAUUGGCGACCACGGUCUGAGCACAGCUGACGUCGCAAUGCACUCUUCAAACGUAGACAGUAGUCGGCCGGUGCGGUACCAACUCACCCCACCGCUGCAAGUACAUCUGCAACGGCAAAAAGCACAGGAAGAACAACCGCAACAAGAAAAAAGCAAACCACAACAGAAAUUCGUACGCCAUUUAGACUCAGUCGUCACGACGCCUCUAGCAACGGCCGCGCUUGCCCAACCCUCACCGGUGUCGACACGGGGAUCCAUCGACAACCACAGCCACUUGGCACUAGGAACUCCGCCUCCGCGUCCACCCGUACCAGCAGUGGACCCCAUCGUGUGGGAGAGCCGCGGUGCGGACAGCGUAUGCGGCGUGGAUCAGGUGAACAAGACAGACGAGUUGCGCAGAGGCCAAGCCCCCCCCGCACGUCGCAUGCGUCAGAGCAAAGCAGAAGGGGGCAAUGUGCUGAAAUGGUUCUCCAAGUGA